CAAAGGGAGGUUUAAUUGUGGCGGUACAUUUCUUUAACAGUUGCAUUAUGCUUGUGGAGUAGUACUCUAUUCAUAACAGGUUAUAGACACUGCUGCAGCAGUAUGCUUUGCAAUAUGUCUUCCAAAUAAAAUGGAUUGCAGUUUACAUAACUUAGCUUUUUGAAUGACACCGUUGUGUAAUAAUAAUAAUAAUAAUAAUAGUAGUUAUUUUUCAUUAACCUGGCAAUGUCACACUGCAUGCAUCGUGUUCUGAGACAUUUUUAAAUGAAGGUUACGCAAUGUUAUGCAGCGUGAUGAAUGGACCAUUACACAAUCCGGUAAUCCAGUACCCAGCGUGUACCGUUUAAAUCGGUGCUGUGCUGGAACACCAGCAGUGUAAUACAGCAGCGUUUCAAUUGCCAGUCCCGUGUAUGAUGUACGCAGAACAUGCGCAUAUUAUAUACAAGUUUCCAAUAGGAGGAGCAAGUCAGACUUUAUUGCAUCAUUGCUUGAGGCCGUGCAACCCUCGCAAUUUGAAGGCAGCUUUUUUUCUGCCAACAUUUGAAUCGAUUAGUAGUGAAAGACAUUUUACAGUUAUUUUUCCAUGUAAAGCUUGUUGAAAAUGUUGCUUACAACCAGUGGUCCCUGGCAGCAGUGGGCUCAGCCGCUGUGAAGAUGAGUUGCUGCUGGUUGCUGACGGCUCCGUUCUCUGAGAUCCACAGGGCUCUCCUGCCUCCCUGCUGCUUCGCUGCCCGGUGGCUGUCCAGCUGUAAGGUGAGCAGGGGCCUGCUGCACUGCUACAAACUGCUCUGCCUGCCAGAGGACGAGAGCAGCAGCCCGGAGGAGGUGAAGGAAGCCUAUCUGAGGCUGGCUAAGGAGCUCCACCCUGACAGCGGCUCUGCCAGGGCAGACGCAGGGAAGUUCUCCCAGGUGGAGGAGGCCUGCAGGACUGUGCUGGCACACCUAGCAGAGAGGAGGAGAAGAGAGGAGGAAGGCAGGAGGAAGAGGAGGGCUGCCACAGGUGAGGAGGAAGAGGAGGAGGAUGAGAAGCAGAGGCGGCAGGCACCCCAGCACAGGCAGUACCUGAGCUUUGAGGGGGUGGGAAUGGGGACACCCAGCCAGAGGGAGCGGCAGUACAGGCAGUUCCGGGUGGACAGAGCUAUGGACCAAGUGCUGGACUACCGGAGGCGCAGCCUAGAGCAUCAGUCUUCGGAGGACGCCUUGACGGCCAGCGAGGUACGGAGGACUAAGAAUAUCAAGAUCACCCAGGCCAUCGAGAGACUGGUGGAGGACCUCAUCCAGGAGUCCAUGGUCAAGGGGGACUUCAGCAACCUGAGUGGCAAGGGGAAGCCUCUCAGCAAGUUCAGCCACAGCAACCCGUACGUGGACCCCAUGACCCACAACCUGAACCGCAUCCUCAUCGAGAACGGCUACCAGCCCCAGUGGAUCGUGGCGCACAAGGAGAUCCGUGAGACCAUCGCCCAGCUGAGGGCAGACCUGCUGGUGUUCCGUGUGAAGCUCGGAGAGCCCCUCACCCCCUCAAAGCAGAAGCAGUGGCUCCUCAACUGUGAAGCCUUCAGAGCAGACCUGGCCAGGCUCAACAAGAGGGUGGACGGCUUCAACUUGAUCGUGCCCCUGCUGAGCCAGCAGAUGGUGCAUUUCAGUGCGGAGAGGGAGCUGAAGAGGGCACUGCAGGCCUACCAGGAGCUGAGGGAGGAGCAGAGAAACUCAGAGGAGAAGGCAGGGACUGGGGAGACUGGGGAUCCCAAAGGAGGCCUUUUUACAUGGGUGCAAAACCUGUUCAAAUAAGCACUUUGGUUAAGAUGUGUUUAAUAUGGGAUAAUGUGUUCAACAUUAUCUAAAGAGGAAUUAAACAAGUGCUGUGGUGCACAAUUAGCAGCAAACAACUAAGGUGUGGUUAAAAAGUUGUUUGGAGCAGUGAAGUACCUUUUAAAAUGAUUUUAUUCCACUCUGACAAUUUGCCUUGGCACUUGCUUCACAGUAAGGCCUCAUUCUGAAGCACUGUAAUGCUAUUUAAAUGUAAUAAACAUGAUUAGGUAUUUUA